GUUUGGUCUGGAUACGUCUGAAUAGUAUAAAAUGCCUCCGGGAAUAAAAUCUCGAGAGGAAGCAAUUGUUUGGGCAAAAAAGACGGCUCUUAAACACAUGUGUGUGCUGGUGAGGAAUACCGAACGUUCAGAUAUACGUUUUGAGAUGGUUUGCGAGCGAAGUAGGAAAUACAAGAAGGAUAGCCAUAAAAGAAAGGGUUAUGUAUAUCCGAAGAAGACUAAUAGGGUGUACAAGACUAAUAGGAGGAAGGAUGAUUGCCCCUUUAAGCUUGUAUUCUAUUUAAGAGACGGAGAAAAGGAAGAAAAUGAAUGGGAUUGUACGGUGUGGUUUGGCCGUCAUAACCACCGGGAUCCGAAAGAUUUUGAGGGUCACUAACAUAAGCAAACAGAACAUUGUUCAACAAACCAUUUGUAAAGUUAAGAUGUUCCAACACAACAUCCUUGGUGGUUAUCCCGUCCAGAGUCAAUCUCAUCUCUAUCGGUCGAAGGUUGUUACCGGGUUUGGGAUGGUUGUU